UUUGUUGGAUCCAGAUCAUCGAAAAGUAUCGCCGAUUGACCCGGGCGCCCCAUGAGCCAUGCCGUCGAUGUCUUCGUCCUCAACCGGGGUCGAGGAGUGCUGCCAAGGGGGAGUGGUGUAGAAGUGGGGCGUUUCAUGUUUUUUUGGGCCAUGGCGGCUAUGUCGACAUAGGGCCGGCCACAUGGAAUAAGAUGAACCAGAAACGACCUGGCGACCUGGGACGGCAGUGCCAUGGCAGAUCGGUGUCCAAUGUCUCAGACUGUUUGGGGCACGGCGAGUGGGGACUCAAGGCAUCUCCAGGCUCUUCCUUUUUCAACGGAGAUGUCUUUGAAACAUUAAAAAUCCGACUCGGAUUUGCCUCAGCUGAAUUCCACAUGUACUUGGUACUUUGAUGGAUGGCUUGGCCGAGAUGGCGUUGGGUGGCUCGUUACAGCCCUUCAAUGAGCGGGAAGGUGUCUUUGGCAGCGGAGUUCUGGCGGUGGCUUCAAGGGCAGAGUGUCCGUCAUUGUGAGACAAAUCAAGUUCACAAUAUAUUGCAGUGUUGUAUUAUGCUCAAACAGUUGUUCAAAUAUAAUAUUGUAGAUGACAUCAGGAUGAAGACCGUUUCUUUUCUUAUUUGGAUCAGCCGCAGUGGAACUCAGACAUUGCGCGUGACCAGUGUGGGACGGUCAGUUGGAGGAAAUUCGACCGUGUGAUGCAUACUCCCAAACCCAUGUGGCAGAAACACCUGUGGCCCAGCCUGUGGCAGUUGCAGAAGGUCAAUGUGAAGAAAAAGGCGAUGCACCCCCGCCAAGUGAGUUCGACUGCUUGUCAGACGAAGAGCAUGACCUGGCCACAGACAUUGGCUGUAGAAACUUCAUCCUGAGCCACUUUAGCAAAAAGAGACGUAAGGACAUUGUCAAAGUGGCCGAGUUCUAUGUGGGACACCUCAAGGCUCAAGCUUCGAAGAAGCACACCUUGUGGGAAAUUUUCAAUAUGAACGUGAUCCAAAAGAACAUGCUGAAGUCGACAGCUGGCAGGAAUGCUUGGCUGUCGGCUUGGCAGGCCAACAGGGCCAAGCGGUUCCAGAAGGUUCACAAGAAGUGAGACUGAGACUUCUGAAGGAAGAGAAAAGUUUCCUACAUGUUGCGUUCACAUGGUGAUUCAUGGACAAACAUGAUGGUUUUGGGUGUCUUUGGAUAUGGUUUAAGAUGUUGGGGUGACCUGCGUUCACAUUGUGUUUUGCAAACCCUGGUGGUGUGACUUUUCAAGUUUUCAGAAUUUGGUAUUGCGUUUCCAUGCGGGAUAGCACUUGGGGUGAGUUUCUGGCCCAGUUGGGGGGCGUAGUUCCAUGGGGGACAGGAAGUUCGCUUGUCGGUUGGGGGAAGUUUGGUGUUGCGGUGUAGCGUUUUGCAGGAUUCAACGGGGAAAGGGUCAAUUUGAAACCUUCAAGAAAUACUUUUGUCCUAGUGGUGCAUAUGCAGUUGCAAACCUAUAGCAGCUUCAGAGCACUAUAUAGAUGCAGACAGUUGCUGCCUUGUCGAACGGCAAAAUGCCUUGUCUUCCUGUGUGCAAUAGAGUUUGCGAACACCCUGCGCAUACCAAGUACCUUUGUUGUGCAUUGCUAUAUAUAAUGAUCUAUAGUGUACAUCUCUGGAGGUUGUACCACCGAUUUAGAGUUGGACACUUUUGCACUUGGGCCGCUGAACUGCUUCGAGCACCGAAUCGCCGCAUAUCGAAUCGAACGCCACCGAGCUGCUGCUUCGAUCGGACGACUCGGUGGGUGUGUCGGUGGGGCAGGACUUCUUGACCAGAGAGGAGUUCUAUGAACGGCUCAAAGCAGAGACCGAGGAGAUUCGGAAAGCGCAUGAUUCAGCCAUGCAAGCUGAGAGGCAAGCCUGGCAAGUACAGCUCGAAGCGAAUGGUGGACGAGUUGAGGUCCGCGAAGAGGAGUCCUGCAAUGAUCGGGCUCGCUUGCAACACGAGAUUGCCAGAUACCUUCGGCAGGCGGAGUGUCAGGAGACCCCUUACAGCGCCGCCGCAGUCGCCAGCAUCUCCGAGCUUUUGAGCAGCAUCCAAGCGCUACAAACACAUUGCAACCGGAAAUACUCCAUGAUGUUUGCGAACUUCUGCCCCAAGGGCCUCAACGGCAAGGAGUAUCCCCUGAGCGUGCAUCCGGCGGCGGAAACGGUGCAGGAGGUGAAACGGAGAUUGCGACAACUCUAUUGCAAGACCUGUGAGGUCAAGCUUUGUACCUCAGAUGGACAUGUGAUGGAGGAUUCCAAGAAGCUCAUGGAGUUUGACCUUGAUCAAGAGUUUAGCCUCAUUUUGGUCGAUGUGCUUCGUGAUCAGCAGCUGCUCCAACUGUCCUUUGAUCCCCAGAACUUGCCACAUGAAGCGGUCAGUGGCCAUCCCUGCACCAUCCUCAACGACCAGCAUGUCAAGGCGGUGGAGAAGAAUGGAAGGAUUGGUGUCAACAUUACCGAGACGGGGUGUCUGAUACUGCCUGAGCCGGUGAAGCUGCAAGAUAAGGGCUGGACCAUCUCUACAUGGAUCUGGGCGCCUUUGGAGGCUUCGCCCCACAAACGGCAUUUGCUUGAUGGGAAGAAUGCUAUGGACUUCGUGGUGGUGGCCAUCUCACGUGGGCGGCUGGUGAAUUGGAAUGGAGGGAAUUUCCUGCGUGGUUUUAACAUCUCCUCGCUGGCGGAGGGAUGGCACCAUUUGGUCAUCGUCAGCCAUGGGAUCCACACCUUCGGCCUCGCGGGCGAAGAUGCCAACAAGACCAGCUUCUACCUCAACGGGAAGAAGCUGGGUUCCAAGUCAGGUGCCGCCAGUGGCACCGUUUGCGUGGUGGGAAAUUCCAAGGGCGACACCAAAGCCUGGGGGCACCUCUCCGAUUUGCAGAUCUUUGACAUGCCCGCAGACCUUCUGCAGAUCGAGGGCUUGUACCAGCAGGGUGGCGGAGUCAUCGAGCGGGAUGCGAGUUGGGAGACCGAGAACCCCACAGAGAACGCCCGUGACCGCUGGUCCGACGAGAGUAUCAGCAGCUAUUCCUCGCUGCAGAGUUACAUGGAAAGCUACGAUUCGGAGACCGAAUCAGAUUGGACGGGCUGAACGAUCAGCUCCGUGUCGGUGAGGAAGGUAUUUAACGAAUUUAAAUGAAUUUAAAGCUUUUUAAAACCAGUCAACUUUCCCGGAGCGCAGGAGGACCGACAACGGGACGACUUGAAUGGG